UGCAUUCCGUUGCUGAAGCGCGAGGUCGAACGGUGUUUGGACGCGGUCGUUCUCAAUUUAAGUGCUAGUAAGAAUCGUGAAAUGAACGAGUGGCUUAGUUGGUCCCUUCCGUAUAUUCAACUCCGGAAAGAAAUUCCAUAACUAAAUUAAAUUACUUAAUUCCGACUAAAUCAAACAAAUUUUUCGAUGGUCACGGCCAUUGUACUCAUAGAAUGUAAUCAAUAUUUAAUCAUGACAUCGAUAGAUUUUUCUUUCGAACUCCCCUAAAUAUAAGGGAAAUAAUCAGCGAAAUUGAAACUUGAAAGCUUUGGUGUAAUUAUCAUGAAAUAUUAAUGUGAGAUGAAAUUUUCAACAGCGGUGGAUAAAUGAUUCAAACGAUUCAAAAUAAAGCCAGGAAAAAUGAUAAGACGCAAGUGGUGUUGCUGCGUGGUGUACCUUCUGGGGCAAAGUAAAACAACAAGUAAAUCCGGUGAAGCGAGAGAAAUGUGUUUAUAAAAGUCAGAUAACGUACCCUGGUCCACCCACAACGUGGAGAGAUUCGGUUACUGCUUAGCUGGGAAGUGUACGAGUUCAACGCGAAGGAAAGAAAGGAGCGUUGCGAUACGGUUACUUGCUUUGAUUACAUCUCACGACCAGUUAGAUAUGACUGCAUCUAUUCCAGUAGAGCACCCUAAAGGGAUGAAACAUUGAAAGCUCCGGAAGAGGUCAGCUUAUGUCGCAGCAGUUCACGUAGGACAUGUUGUGUCGAAGAAUGCGUUUAACCGAACGCCAUAUCCAGCCACCACGUGAGCCCAAUGAAGGACCAAUCAUUCGACCUUGCACUGCGCGGAAAUUAGACGGAAUCGACCGAGAUUCAACGCUUUACCCGGUCGGACAUCAUGGGAGAAAGUCGGCCGAAACUAACAAGAUUCCGCUGAUGAUUGUCAAUUUAAAUAUUCCUCCAGGGACGAAAACUUUAGCUCCAAAGAAUCUCAAAAGCCCCCGUAAAUUACCUCCUUUUUGCGUGCAACAUCAACAUUUGGCCAAAGCCUUUGGUUUCCAUCAAUCCAACGCAGUCGCUGAUGAAUCGUCGGCUAAUCAGAGCACAAUACCACGAAUAUUCAUUCAAGGAUUUGAAAUUCAGGAUAAAAAAAUGACCCCUCUUAAGUCUCGACAAACCCUUGAAUGUAAUAUUCGACCUAUAACAGAAAACGACGAAGAUAGUUUUACCAAUAUUUUGUUGGAUAAUAUCUCCAACAUAUCCCUAGAUAUGAUCAAUAGGCAUCAGAAAAAACUAUUUGGAACAUCAAAAUAUCCUCAAAUAGCUGACAAAACAUGUAAACCGUUGGAGCGCUCACCGUUUCUCAAUCUAGAUUCAUACGAAAUAGACGAAUAUGAACAAUACCCAGAUAAAUCCGAUGAAGUCAGAGAAGACUCACCACCAUUGUCUAUACCGCUUGGAUACAGAUCGCUUUGUUAUCGUACAUCCAGUCCCAAUACGAGACAAGUGAUACGAGUUAACGUUACCAUGAGUAAAGAAAGAAGCUUGAGCGAAAAUUUGCCCGUUAAUCGUUGAUUAAAAAGAAGAUAGCAUUUAAUAAGUUUUAACUUUUCCUUAAUUGUGGUUAAGACAAAACCAUAAAACAAUCAAAAGUUGCGUAAGGAAUAUAUAGAUGUUAUGAGCAAAUAUGUUUUGGUUAAAUGCAUAAUUUAAUUAGUCAGAGUUUAUUUAUUCUAUAUUAAAAUGUACGUCACUACUUCAUAUCUACAAGCAGAAAACAAUAUUGCUUAGGCUAACAUGAAAGGUCACAAAUUGAAAAGGUUAUGUUAGUUUAUACCCAACAAAACUUUAAAGUUUUAUACAAAUUUUUAAAUAAAAUUUUAGCGACAGAAUCCUCUAGUGAUAAAUUUGAAAAUAUUGGUAAUAUGAGAAAGGCUCGAUUACUCCACUAAACAGCUACAAUUUUUCUGUGUGUACAAGACACCUUUAUUCUCAAUGCACCUAUCACAUAUGAAAUUCGUAUGAACGCUGUAAGAUAUGUUUGAAAUAAUAUUGAAACACGCAAACAAAUUUCAGUUGUUUCAAACCGAGAUUUCACAGAUUGAAACAAAACAUGCUUUCUCUAAUGUAGAAUAUUGUUUCACACAAAUGUUGGUUGUCUCAAAAAAGCAUUGGUUGAACCAAAGCAGAAUUGUUCAAUAAAAGGAAUUUGCUAGAAUUCCUCUUAAUUCAUUUAUGUUUACAAUAUUUUUUCUGUGUAUGCAAUGAAAUAUGUGAUAAGUGUAUAGCGGUCAGUAACGUUUCAUAAGUUAAAUAAUGUCAAAAAUUCAAAAGCUAGCUAAUCGGAAGAUAGGAAAGAAACGUACGUAUUGAACAGCAAAAUGAAUAUUUUUCGUUUUUUAAUACCUAUUGCAGUUAGAGUAUCUGUUAUUACGUGAAAAUAUUGUGUAUGUCACUUUAGUAUGGUUGGAUACUGUAUGGGAUUCUCUGCUUGCAAUAAUAUUGAUGUAUAUUUUAUGAUUAUAGGUUCAGUAGUAGGAGUUGUCAUAUAAUAAGUUGAUUCGAUUUUCAAUCAAAAUCGCGUACUCAACUGCUUACGUAAAAAUAAAACAUUCUAACAGCUUCAGACUAGAGACUUUUUUUAGAUUGAAGGCAAUAGAAUAACGCAUUACAUACCAUUAUUUAAUUACAUUUAACAGUUCUCGAUUCCAGUUCCGUAUUACUUCUUUCUAAUAAUAGUAUCAAAUAUAGUUAGACUGGUAACACUUAUCCAUGAUAUCUAUCAGCUUCUAAGACUUAUUAACACAAAAACUAUAAACAACGACAUAUCAUGUCAAUCAAAAUUUCAGAAUUUGUGUAAAAAAUCAAAAUUCAAAAUGAACAUAUUUUAUCUCUACCUACCAUUUGAUUGCAAAAGUGUCAGCGACACAUGUGUUUUGGAUAAAACUAAACGAUUUUUUUAAAUUCAAUAUUUCUUAUAAAAUUUUAGCUGUCCGUACGAUAUGUGGCUCUCCAAGUAGCUGUUACAAUUAGUAGUGCAUACGCCGGCUCCAUGUAAUGUAUUCCAUCUGCAUAUGCCAUAGAUAGUCUCCAGCACCUAAGGGCGCGUUGAUCCUCCUCCAACAUUGUCCAAGUCUCGUGGCAGCAUUGAGAACAACCCCUCUAAUGAGCGUUUUGUAGACGGCAAUUUCGCACACUGGCGUGCUUCACUCGAACGAAGGGUUUUUCUGUGUCCAAAAUACGAACGAUAUCCUGUCAAAAUACAUGAAAUUUUUGUGGUGGGAGACGUAGUGUUUCUUUUUUAGAAUCUCUUCGUCUCAUGUAUUUUGUUUUCGACGCAUUUAUAGCUGGUCCGAUACGCCUAGCUUCGGAUUUCCAUCAUCUUCAAUAGAACUUCCGUGUAUUAUUUACACGGUACAGCCACUCAUUACCCGCUAUCCACGCCUUCUGUCCCGUCCAACAAAGUUUCUGUAGUGCUACGACUUCGAUCUUUGAGAGUUUAUUCAACUCUGCCUGCCGUCGACCCAGUCAACGCCGGUCAUCAUAAGACACACGUGUGGGUACCAGAUAGGGACUUGUGAGAGGCGACUCACCACAACUGAAAUAUUUCUUAAACAGAUUGUAACAAAACGACAGUAACACGAUUGCAGCCUUUAUCUAAAAAGUCCAUAACUAAUAAUAAUCAACUAAUAAUCGAAAGAAAUGUUUACAAAAUAGGAUAGUUUAUUUUGAGGAUAUGAUGUGUAUGUUUUUAUUCAAUCAUUGAAGGUCUUUUAAACUGUAUGAUACCUGUUUAUCGUUAUACAA